GCGGGGUCUGCGCGCGCUGCGCGGGGCGCUCCGGGCCGCUGCCGGGCGCCGGUUCAGCACGCGGCCGGCGCGUGCCCCCGACAUGGACUAUCAGGAUGCCAUCCGAACCCUCAACACCCUGCAAACCAACGCCAGCUACCUGGAGCAGGUGAAGCGAGAGCGCAGUGACCCCCAGACACAGCUGGAAGCCAUGCGGUUAUUUUUGGAGAGAAGUGGGCUGAAGGUCGAGGACCUGGAUCGACUGAACAUCAUCCACGUCACGGGGACAAAGGGCAAGGGCUCGGCAUGUGCCUUCACCGAGUGCAUCCUCCGCAGCUAUGGGCUGAAGACAGGCUUUUACAGCUCCCCUCACCUGGUGCAGGUGCGUGAACGGAUCCGCAUCAAUGGACAGCCCAUCAGCCGGGAGCUUUUCAGCAAGUACUUUUGGCUUGUCUACAACCGCCUUGAGGAGACCAAGGAACCAGCACAUGCCAGCAUGCCGGCGUACUUCCGCUUCCUCACUAUCAUGGCCUUCCACGUCUUCCUGCAGGAGAAGGUGGACCUGGCAGUAGUGGAGGUUGGCAUUGGUGGUGCCUAUGAUUGCACUAACAUCAUCAGGUCACCAGUGGUGUGUGGGGUCUCCUCCCUGGGCAUCGAUCACACUAGCAUCCUGGGGGACACCAUGGAGAAGAUUGCCUGGCAGAAGGGGGGCAUUUUUAAGCCCGGCGUGCCAGCGUUCACUGUGGCACAGCCAGAACGGCCACUGGAGGUGCUGAGGGACCGAGCCCAGGAGCUGAAGUGUCCCCUCUACCUCUGCCCGGAGCUGGAUGCCUUUGAGGGGGACCACCGGACAUUGGAGCUGGGGCUGGCAGGUGCCCAUCAGCGCUCCAACGCUGCCUUGGCCUUGCAGCUGGCACGGAUGUGGCUGCAGCGCCGUGGCUGCCAGAGUCUUGGGGAGCUGAUGGAGGUGGCACCAGGCACUGAGCUGGUGGGAAGACCAGUGCCGCUGGCACCCACUUUUCAUCCCACUGAUGCCAUGAUUCAAGGCCUGCGGGAAACAGUGUGGCUGGGCCGGACCCAGGUACUGCCCCAUGGGCCUGUGACGUGGUACCUGGAUGGGGCCCACACCACCAGCAGCAUCCAGGCCUGCGUCCGCUGGUUCCGCCAAGCUGCCCUUAACCAGGACAAGCCCCAUGAUGGCUCCGAGGUGCGUGUGCUUGUCUUCAACGCCACGGGGGACCGGGACACGGCGGCACUGCUCAAGCUGCUGCUGCCCUGCCACUUUGACUAUGCUGUCUUCUGCCCCAACUUCGCGGAGGUGUCAGUGGCCAACAAUGCAGACCAGCAGAACUUUAACGUGACGCUGGAGAAUGCCCUGACCCGCUGCCUGGAGAACCAGCGGACGUGGACCCGGCUGCUGGAGGAGAAGGAGGGGUCAGACCCCUGGCUUCCGACACCACUGCAGGCAGGGGGGCUGCUGCAGCCAGCCUCAGCUCGAGGGACCCUGCUCCUGGUCCCCCCAGCCCCACGACCCCUCAAUUCCCCAGCCCUCGUCUUCCCCUGCCUGGCCCAGGCACUGCGGUGGGUGGCCCAAGGCCGGGACCCCCAUCUGGCAGCACCCACUGCCACGGGGGCUCACCCCCACCCCGCUGCCAGCAGCGGGGCUGUGCUGCUGCGGGAGGCAGCUGCUGUUCGUGUCCUGGUCACUGGCAGCCUGCAUUUGGUGGGGGGGGUCCUCCGGCUGCUUGACCCUGCACUCUCUCAGUAAGUGGGGGCAGGUGACCCCUUUUGCACCUCUUUUUACUUGAAGCACCUGUUUUGUCCCCAGUGAUGUUCAGAGAUGGCCAUGGGGGGACAUGCAGAACCCCUGACUCCAUCCCAGCUCGGCCUUUUUCACCCCAGUGCCUUUUGCCUGUGCCCCCCGUGGGAACCCUGGCCAUGGAGAGGGAUGUUCCCAGCCCACCUUGGUGAAACUGACUGGGUAGCUCCUGGGCUCUGGGGUGCUGCCCCAGGCUGUGUUGGGGUCCUGGUGCCUGGUGGGGUGGGUGGUUUUGGGGGGGUGGUAGGUGGGAGCCUCAAGCCAUGGCGAGGCUCAGCAUCAGGACACUACUAACUUAAAAUAGGAGAGAUUUUUAUUAUUAUUAAUAAGAGUUUGUAACUUGGGUGGGGAAUUGGGGUGGGAGGUGGGGUCUGCCCAUUGCCCCACAGUGGGGACAGCAGCCCCGCACCUUCCACCCCCCCAAUAAACUUCUUGCUGCUCCCA